AUGUCAACAAAUGCUCGUACAGUGGCCAAAACGGUAACUCGUUUACGCUUGGCAACUGUCUUUUAUAGUUAUGCUUUUAGGUCUAGUCUUCAGUCGGUUUAUCUAUUUAUCUAUCUAUCUGCCUAUUUCCGUCUCUCCAUUAUAUAUAUCUAUCUAUUACAGUUUUCCAUAUUUAUCUCACUAUGCUCAUAUCUAUCUAUCUAUCUAUCUAACUAUCUAUGUCUGUUCGUUAUCUAUCUAUCUAUCUAUCUAUCUAUGUCUGUUCGUUAUCUAUCUAUCUAUCUAUCUAUCUAUGUCUGUUCGUUAUCUAUCUAUCUAUCUAUCUAUCUAAUCCUCUUCAGUAUCUAUCUGUCUCUCUGUCUUUUAGCCUCUAACAGUGAAAAUCUAUCAAUCUAUCGAUCCCGGUCUCUUACUUCUCUCACUAAUUCUCUCUCUCUCUCUCUCUCUCUCUCUCUCUCUCUCUCUCUCUCUCUCUCUCUCUCUCAUAUAUAUAUAUAUAUAUAG